GGCAACACUGCUGCGCCGCUGCCGCGAAACAACUCAGUCCACGUGAACAUAUUUUUGGCAAUGUGUGGUUCUGGAACUAAUGAGAUAAAGUGGUUGAGAAGUGCAUCGGAGUGAUCUUCGCGAGUGAUUAACGAGGCGGAUAAAGACAGUCGCUGGCUGUCGGCCUAAGAAAGGCAAUUUGGGAACCCUUAUUUUGUUGGUGCUGCAGACGCGGCGCCCAGCAUGUGAGGUUAAAGCAGACGGACAAACGGACGGCGGCAACACAUCUGAAAACAAUUCGGCUAACGUGGGCCCAAAUAAUAAGAGAAGGCGUGAAACAGAGCUGCCAACAAUUGAGAUUUCGGGAGUUAAUGCGGAAUUUAUUCUGACACGCAAUGGAUUCCCGAAUGCUAAACGUUUUCCAAGAAGAUCCCUUCGACGGAAACUACGCAAAGUACGAAUCAGAGCCGAAUUUCUGGACAUCUAAUGAUGAUCUACAACUAACAGACACACUAAACGGCAUUCUGCCCAUCGCGCCCACUGACGAGUCACUGCUAAGCCACAGCCGGGAGGAGGAUUUGCAAAACAGAAAGAACCUGCUGAUCUACAGUGACUUCGUGGAGCAGGAGUUGGGUGACCAGGAUGCCGGUGUGCUCAACGCCGAGGUCUACCAGGCAAUUACUGGCAGCGAGGUCGAGGUGGCCUACGAGCAGCAGCGCCAGAUAAGCGCGAUUGUGGAGUAUGACAGAGAAGACAUUGGCAUCGACGGCCUAUCAGAGGAGGAGCAUGAUCAUGAGGAUGACAUGCACAGCCAGUGCAGUGACUCAACAUUUCGCACUCGUACAGACAGCUCCUCCAUAGGUGACUAUGAGUCGCAUUCCAGCGACUACGAAGACGAAUACGAUACUGUCGACGAGGAGCAGGUCCAACUCUUGCCCGCCCUCCAUGACAAUAUCGCCACCUUGCAGAGCUCCAGUGAGCGCAAGAGUCGGACGCUGAGUACCAACACCAUAGCCUCAGAAGUGGACGCACUCGGACUAAACAUCGACGUUAAUGACUUUGACUUAGCUGACUUUAUUACCAAAGAUGAUUUUGCCGAGAAUCUAAACGCCUGUCGCAUCAAAGAGACACUGCAUGUCUAUCAGCCAACCAAACCCUCUGCUGAGGCAUCGGAUGCCGCAGUACUUGCUCCACCCGUGGCAAUAAGUGUGCCAAAACCCAAACCUCCUUUCUCCAAGGCGCGAGACUCUGAUUAUGACUCGGACUCGAUUAUCGACGUUGAAACUGUCGAUGUGGUCGACGUGGAUGAGACUGUAUGGGCAGCAAGUCUGCAGACCGAAGGAGCUCCAACUACCGAAGAUAUGCGCUAUGUGGACAAUGUUAAGGCUGACCCUUCCUGGUGUCCGAAGUCAACAAAGAAGACCGUGCCAAUUGCUAAGGAGCUUAAGCCGGAGCAGGUGGAAGCCCAUCAGCCCGCCACGGUGCCAACAAUAAACAAGCCGAAGCCUGCAAACAUUUGCCUGGUGCCUAAUAAGAAGCAGUGCGACUUUCUAAAACGCAAGGUGGGAGCCUCCACGGUGUCUAAGCCAACCAAGACGGCUAGCAAAAAAGUUAUGGAUGGGAACAAGUUGAUAAGCAACAAACAGUCCUCAGCAAAGCACAACCCAUGCACCGGUCUCGGAUUGGUUGGGAAAAACCUUUCGCUUCUGAAGCAGGAGAGGGAAGCCGCCGCAUCUGUGUGUGCGGCAGAAGAGCCAUCGCCACCUAAAUCUUUCGCGACAGCACCGUCUCCAUCUCCAUCGCCGGCUCCGGCACCGGCUCCGGCCCAAAAACGAAAGCUAAAUCUGGAAGAGUACAAACAGAGACGAUGUGGCGGCGUCGUUGGCGUCGCAAAGGCCCAGCCGACUCCGCCAAAGCAGGCGAAGCUAGAUGUGGCCGGCAAAUUCACCACUCCGCCGGUUCUGAAGCCCACGCCAUCGCCUCAGAAAGCUGCCAUAGCCAACAUCGUGAACAGCCUGAAGUGCCCCAGCCAAGAAGCAGCCACUGUGCCCAUGGAUCCGAUUACCGUGGCCAAGAACAAGGUUUUGCGAAUGCUGGAAAUGAAACGUGCUCAACAGCUCAAGAUCAUCGAUUCUCGGGUAUCGGCCAAGGUGCCGCGCGUAACAAAGUUGCCGCCACUUAAGGACAUUGUCAAGGACACCUACUGCAUGGAAACCGAGGAGCCGGCUCCAGUUGCUGCCCCACCCAGCAACAAACUGCAUCCGGACUAUGAGGAGAUUAUAAUAGUGUCAGUGGGUUGCAACUCAGACAUAACCAUACCGCCGAAUCAAUUGAGCAAAGCCUCCCCUCGCUCUCUUCUCAAGUCAUCGGUUUUGCUGUACAACAUUUCGAACGGCCAAGAUGCCAACAAGAACAUAGGCAAUUCCCUAAUAGCGAGCAUACAAAACGAGGUCGUCAGACAAACAAGUAGCACCACACUCGCGACGAUGCCGUCCGAUGCAACAGCCAAGUCCUCGACUGACAAGAGCGUUCAGCAUGGCGAGGACAUGGUCAUCAUGCACUUGCCCAAAGACCGGGAGCGCAAAACGCUUGUGAGCAUGGCCACCCAAACUGAUCUGCAACCCGAAUUUCCGCUUCUGGCGCUGCCCCCCGCGCGACAGUCGCGAGAGCGAACGCGACGGAAUUACCGCAAGCGAAGAAACCACCAUGGCUCGGGCUCAAAUGUGCCAAGUGGCUCUUCGAGUGGCUCUUCGUCGGACUGCAGCAGCUCGGCCUCGUACAGAUCCCGGUCGCGCUCCGAUUCGAUUGAGCAACUGCGCAGCUUGGAUGCGGCAGCCACAUGUGGGGGAAACAGUAUAGGGAAUGGCGGCUACUCUUCUCGCAGCACGCACCGCCAUCGCAGCUCCGUGAGCUCCUCAUCGUACUCAGAGGCAGGCAAAUAUGAGCGCAGACAACGUCGCACCAGUUACAACAAGCGGCGUUCCAAAAACCAGCAGCGGGGCAGUGUGUCCUCGUCCUGCUCUGGCUCCGAGAACAGCGAUCGCGAACGCAGCCGUAGUCCGCACCGCAAUCUGCGGCGGUCGCGGUCGCGUUCGCGCUCGAAGUCCGACACGCGCUUCCCCAACAACAACAACAACUGCCCUAACAACAACAAUCGACGCGGGUUCAUGGAUCGCAACGUAUCGCAGCCAGCAGUGGAGGAGCGCCGAAUCGUCUACGUCGGCCGGAUUGAGCAGGAGACCACCAAGGAAAUGUUACGUCGCAAAUUUUUGCCUUAUGGAAGUAUAAAACAGAUAACCAUACACUACAAAGAAAAUGGAAUGAAAUACGGGUUUGUAACAUUCGAAAGAGCGCAGGACGCUUUCACGGCCAUCGACACAAGUCCUAGGGACGCUCAAAUCAACAUGUAUGAUAUAAGCUUUGGAGGGAGACGUGCCUUCUGUCGUGCCUCAUACGCUGACUUGGACAAUGCUGGUAUCAACAAUUACCACUCAUAUGUGUUUCCCAAGGAGGUAGCAGCACCGAAAGUACAGGAGGACUCCUUCGAAGCCUUGCUGCUCAAGGUAAAGGCAAAGCUGGGUGCUGGCAAGCCGGCAGCAGCAGGAGAUGCACCUGUUCAGGAGGCACAAUCAGCAUCAGCUUCAGCACCCCAGGGCAACAGUCAGAUGUGACAUUUUGGCAGAAACCUGCUUAGUUUCGUAUUUUUAAUUUUUCUGAGAAUUUGAAGUUUGUUACAAGCAACCUUCUACUACUAUCCUUGCAUAAUUGUAGACCAAUCCCGAAGUUUCUAGCUGUAUAACUGAAAAGCCUGAUUAUAAUUCAUAAUUUAUCGUAAAAUAGUUGACAGAGCUAUGCAUUGCAAGCAAUAAAACUAUUGCAAUAUACAUUAGAAUAAUUCUAAAGACCGAGAAUGAAAACUAAAAACAAAACAAGAAAUUGAAACGAAAAUGGAAUUGUGAUAACCGCGUAAUGCAUACAAAGUCAUUUAUUGCAUGUAAGUUAGCAGAAGAUCCAUAGAAAUAGUUAAAUCCAAUCAUAAAAGCUUUGUAACAAUCUAUCUAACCACCAAACCAAUGGAACUGAAAACACAACCAGCCACCACUACAACAAUAACAAAUCCAAAACAAUGAAAAAAUCAAAUAUGUAUAGAAAUUAUGUAUUUUGAGAGAGCAAGAAACGCGCAUGCAGCAUGCGUCGGCCACGAAUUAAACUGUUGAUAACUAAACUUUGAUAUUAGUUUGUAAAGAGUAUAUUUUUUACGUAAUUUUAAUUUACUCUGUAAUUUUUGAAUAGCAACCACAUCAACCACAAAAGCUCUACUUAAGCUAUUAUGAAAUCGGCAACAUAAAGCCUAAAAGUUAUUAGUUUAUUUUGUACCGCUUUUCAAAUUUUAUUUAGGUCUUUUAAACAACGGAAAGUUCAAGCACUGACUCUGAUAGUAGCCUUUGUUGUUUAUGUAUUUACUGAAUACUAAAUAAGUUUAAACAAUGUUAAUAUUUUUUGAAUAUGAAUUGCCGAAGAACAUGAAAAACAACUAAUUUGUAAACUAGAACCCAAACAAUUUAGUUUUUAGUAGCCGCCAAAAUUGUUCUUUGAUAUAUUUUGUACUAUUUCCCACUUGAUAAUUUAAUAAAUUCUUGCUAGUUUCA